GGCCUCCCAAAGUGCUGGGAUUACAGGCGUGAGCCACCGCGCCUGGCCCAGUCAACAAAUAUUUUGUCUCCUGUACACCAGGUAUUGUUCUAGGCACCAUGGACUUACAUUCCAGUAGGGAGACAAUAUUGCAAGUCAGGAUGUGGGAGAGUCAGAUGACACUGUGAUGGAGCAAAGUCAGUCAACGAAGACAGGCAGUUCCGGCGAGGGGGGAGCCUCAGCAGGAUUGCUGUGUGAAAACCGAGCUGCUGGGAGAAGAGAUACCUAUGGCUGCCGAUGAAGGCUCAGCAGAGAAACAGGCAGGAGAGGCCCACAUGGCUGCGGACGGUGAGACCAAUGGGUCUUGUGAAAACAGCGAUGCCAGCAGUCAUGCAAAUGCUGCAAAGCACACUCAGGACAGCGCAAGGGUCAACCCCCAGGAUGGCACCAACACACUAACCCGGAUAGCAGAAAACGGGGUUUCAGAAAGAGACUCAGAAGCGGGGAAGCAAAACCACGUCACUGCUGACGACUUUGUGCAGACUUCUGUCAUUGGCAGCAAUGGAUACAUCUUAAAUAAGCCAGCCCUGCAGGCGCAGCCCUUGAGGACUACCAGCACUCUGGCCUCUUCGCUGCCUGGCCAUGCUGCAAAAACCCUUCCUGGAGGGGCUGGCAAAGGCAGGACUCCAAGCGCUUUUCCCCAGACGCCAGCCGCCCCACCAGCCACCCUUGGGGAGGGGAGUGCUGACACAGAGGACAGGAAGCUCCCGGCCCCUGGCGUCGACGUCAAGGUCCACAGGGCACGCAAGACCAUGCCGAAGUCCGUCGUGGGCCUGCAUGCAGCCAGUAAAGAUCCCAGAGAAGUUCGAGAAGCUAGAGAUCAUAAGGAACCAAAAGAGGAGAUCAACAAAAACAUUUCUGACUUUGGACGACAGCAGCUUUUACCCCCCUUCCCAUCCCUUCAUCAGUCGCUACCUCAGAACCAAUGCUACAUGGCCACCACAAAAUCACAGACAGCUUGCUUGCCUUUUGUUUUAGCAGCUGCAGUGUCUCGGAAGAAAAAACGAAGAAUGGGGACCUAUAGCCUGGUUCCUAAGAAAAAGACCAAAGUAUUAAAACAGAGGACGGUGAUUGAGAUGUUUAAGAGCAUAACUCAUUCCACUGUGGGUUCCAAGGGGGAGAAGGACCUGGGCGCCAGCAGCCUGCACGUGAAUGGGGAGAGCCUGGAGAUGGACUCAGAUGAGGACGACUCAGAGGAGCUCGAGGAGGACGACGGCCAUGGUGCAGAGCAGGCGGCUGCGUUCCCCACAGAGGACAGCAGGACUUCCAAGGAGAGCAUGUCGGAGGCUGAUCGCGCCCAGAAGAUGGACGGGGAGUCCGAGGAGGAGCAGGAGUCCGUGGACACCGGGGAGGAGGAGGAAGGCGGUGACGAGUCUGACCUGAGUUCGGAAUCCAGCAUCAAGAAGAAAUUUCUCAAGAGGAAAGGAAAGACCGACAGUCCCUGGAUCAAGCCAGCCAGGAAAAGGAGGCGGAGAAGUAGAAAGAAGCCCAGCGGUGCCCUCGGUUCUGAGUCGUAUAAGUCAUCUUCAGGAAGCGCUGAGCAGACGGCACCAGGAGACAGCACAGGGUACAUGGAAGUUUCUCUGGACUCCCUGGAUCUCCGCGUCAAAGGAAUUCUGUCUUCACAAGCAGAAGGGUUGGCCAACGGUCCAGAUGUGCUGGAGACAGACGGCCUCCAGGAAGUGCCUCUCUGCAGCUGCCGGAUGGAAACACCGAAGAGCCGAGAGAUCACCACUCUGGCCAACAACCAGUGCAUGGCUACGGAGAGCGUGGACCAUGAAUUGGGCCGGUGCACAAACAGCGUGGUCAAGUAUGAGCUGAUGCGCCCCUCCAACAAGGCCCCGCUCCUCGUGCUGUGUGAAGACCACCGGGGCCGCAUGGUGAAGCACCAGUGCUGUCCUGGCUGUGGCUACUUCUGCACAGCGGGUAAUUUUAUGGAGUGUCAGCCCGAGAGCAGCAUCUCUCACCGUUUCCACAAAGACUGUGCCUCUCGAGUCAAUAACGCCAGCUAUUGUCCCCACUGUGGGGAGGAGAGCUCCAAGGCCAAAGAGGUGACGAUAGCUAAAGCAGACACCACCUCGACCGUGACACCAGUCCCCGGGCAGGAGAAGGGCUCAGCCCUGGAGGGCAGGGCCGACACCACAACGGGCAGUGCUGCCGGGCCACCACUCUCGGAGGACGACAAGCUGCACGGUACAGCCUCCCACGUACCGGAGGGCUUUGAUCCAACGGGACCUGCUGGGCUUGGGAGGCCAACCCCCGGCCUUUCCCAGGGACCAGGGAAGGAAACCUUGGAGAGUGCUCUCAUCGCCCUCGACUCGGAGAAACCCAAGAAGCUUCGCUUCCACCCAAAGCAGCUGUACUUCUCCGCCAGGCAAGGGGAGCUUCAGAAGGUGCUCCUCAUGCUGGUGGACGGAAUUGACCCCAACUUCAAAAUGGAGCACCAGAAUAAGCGCUCUCCACUGCACGCCGCGGCGGAGGCUGGACACGUGGACAUCUGCCACAUGCUGGUUCAGGCGGGCGCUAAUAUUGACACCUGCUCAGAAGACCAGAGGACCCCGUUGAUGGAAGCAGCCGAAAACAACCAUCUGGAAGCAGUGAAGUACCUCAUCAAGGCCGGGGCCCUGGUGGAUCCCAAGGACGCAGAGGGCUCUACGUGUUUGCAUCUGGCUGCCAAGAAAGGCCACUACGAAGUGGUCCAGUACCUGCUUUCAAAUGGGCAGAUGGACGUCAACUGUCAGGAUGACGGAGGCUGGACACCCAUGAUCUGGGCCACGGAGUACAAGCACGUGGACCUCGUGAAGCUGCUGCUGUCCAAGGGCUCUGACAUCAACAUCCGGGACAACGAGGAGAACAUUUGCCUGCACUGGGCGGCAUUCUCCGGCUGCGUGGACAUAGCCGAGAUCCUGCUGGCUGCCAAGUGCGACCUCCACGCCGUGAACAUCCACGGAGACUCACCGCUGCACAUUGCCGCCCGGGAGAACCGCUACGACUGUGUCGUAUGUCACCUUAAAGAACAAGGAAGGAGAGACGCCCCUGCAGUGUGCGAGCCUCAACUCUCAGGUGUGGAGCGCUCUGCAGAUGAGCAAGGCUCUGCAGGAAUCGGCCCCCGACAGGCCCAGCCCCGUGGAGAGGAUAGUAGCAGGGACAUCGCUCGAGGCUACGAGCGCAUCCCCAUCCCCUGUGUCAAUGCCGUGGAUAGCGAGCCAUGUCCCAGCAACUACAAGUACGUCUCUCAGAACUGCGUGACGUCCCCCAUGAACAUCGACAGAAACAUCACUCAUCUGCAGUAUUGUGUGUGCAUCGACGACUGCUCCUCCAGCAACUGCAUGUGCGGCCAGCUCAGCAUGCGCUGCUGGUACGACAAGGACGGCCGGCUUCUGCCAGAGUUCAACAUGGCGGAGCCUCCCUUGAUCUUCGAAUGCAACCACGCGUGCUCCUGCUGGAGGAACUGCCGAAAUCGCGUCGUACAGAAUGGUCUCAGGUGAGAGGCAGCUUCCUGCCAGAGCCCCACAUUCUGCUCA